GUACUAAUUUUUGCUGCCGCUAGCUGAUAGCUGUUGGUUUCAUUUAGGAAAAUGUUUCUUGUAGCAGUAAGUUUCAUUGUUUGAGCCAUGCCUGACGUCACCAGUUCGUGAACCACAUGCAUUGAAGCUGAAAAAGUCUCGGUCUCCCUCACAGCUUCUGGUGAAUUAACGAAUUCUCCCCUUUCUCCUCCCGCCUCAAUUAAAAAAAAAGUUUCGAAACGAAAACAAGAACGUUAAGAAAUAAUUCCACCAUCUGUCCUCUAACUCUCGACGUAUCCGGAAGGGAAGUCGAUGACAUCUGCGAGCUAGGUGAAAGUACCACCUGUGAGGUGAACAUCCUGUAGUCCAAAUGAGAGUGGACGAUUACAGUUCUGAUUGGUGUGAUGUGCAUUAAACAACACUAAGAAGAGAGCAUCUUGAAUAGUGGUAUGCACAUUUUGGCUGAGAUGACUGCCUGCAGCUUGGACAUUCUUUGCUGCUAUGCCAAAAGCAUCCAAAUCGUCGAUGACCAUCGCAAUAGAGCAUCGGUGUCUAGCUGAGCAGUGCUCGGACCAUCCUCCACUAUCAAUUUUCUACAACUGUUUGUCUCCACCUUCUGCUCUUGCUCAUCUGUAAUGUGAAAACUCAAAUCUCUUAUUGGAGUCACUGAAGUAAGAAUAUUGAAGGAAAGACAUGGCAAUGAAGUUUAAGCCAUUGGUGCUUUGAGUUGACUGGAAAAUGGGACAGAAUCAUUGGGAAAUCUAAUCAGUGGAUAUGGAAUCAGGGGAGCGGUUGACAUCUACUUCCUCUACCCCUUCUGCAUCUUCUACAUCAACAGCAACAACAGCAGCUGUUUCCAAAGGCAGCAUUUCUGCAGGAGCUGGAGGGUUCGGCUCCACGUUGUCGACCUGCGGACAAAUGUUUAGAGCAGCAGCUGGAGAUCAGCCUUUUAAUCUGUCCGCAGUAUCGAGUGCCUUCCCUAUGGUUAACCACGCAGCAUUUGGACUGCACACUACAAGCUCAGGGCGUUCAGAGUUUGGUGGCCUGGGAACAAUUGGUGCAUCUUCAGCCUUGGUGGGACACACACAACUUUCAUCUUUUCCAGGCACUGAAUGGUGGCGAGCUACAGACACUCAGGUUCGUGCAGGAACAUUUUUCCCAUCAGGCAUGUUAAGAAUUCCACCAGUGUUUGCUGCUUCCACUCCAAACCAUGAUUCUAAUCCAUUCCAUUCCCGAAACACAAACAAAUUUGGUCGAGGGACACAAAAAGGUAUGAAUGGAUCAUUGAAUGGUAGCAGCAUUACUGCUGUAUCAGGAGUCAGCACAUCUGGAUUGGCUACCAUUGGAAUGAUUUCGUCUGGACAAGCGCACAUGACAGUUUCUGGAAAAAGUCGGAAAUGCAUUCUUGAGCAAAGUAGACAUUCAGAAACCCAAGAUAAGGUUAAGGAAAAGAAGCCCAGAAAGAAAGCAAUUGAAAGCUCCAGCAACAGUGAAAGCGAAUCAGGUACGUCAUCAGAUUCUUCCAGCGAAGGCUUGAGCAGCAGUGAUUCUGAUGACUUUGAGGACGAUGAUGAUGAUGACGAUGAUGAUGAUGACGAUGAGGAUGAAGAUGAUGAACAUAGUAUUGGAGAAGAUGAUAGUGAGGAGGCUGAUUCAGAUUCUGAAACUGAAUCCCCACAUUCAAAGAAGGCAAAGGGUUUGAUGCACAGUAUGAAAGAGUCAAAAGAAUUGAGCCAAACUGCUUGUGACCUUAAAUACUCCUAUGACAAAAGAAUGAACCAGCAUUUGCAUCUUGCCACAGAUUCUCAAACUUCACAUCCAUUCCAAUCCCAGCAGAAACAACCUCCAGUUUUGUCGCAACUUUCCCUCAUUUUCCAGAGCUCUCAUGCAAAUGAUGAGUCUGGCAAAAAACAACAGAGUGUCAUUCAGUCCACUGGGCUAACAGUUGGGAUGAAACCUGUGCCUUUGGUCAAUCAGGGAAGGAAAGAAUCUUCUCCAAAACCAGCUGGUGCUUUACCUGAACUUAAGGCAGGGAAUAUAUGUGUUCCUGAAGAACUGGGGUCACCACAUGAUCUUCGUUUGAAGCAGGAACUAUUUAAACAGUCGUUUCCAGCACAAUUAAAGAAACAACAGGAGCAGUAUAAGGCCCAAAAGAAGGCAGCAGCAGGCAGUAACAAGAGCUUCCAGACCCCUUUGUCUAGUCCAAAAUCUGCUGCUAGUUCACCAGCACACCAGAAGUUGCCUCCAGUUGAUGGUAACCAGUCAAACCCCUCGGUAACAAGUGCACUUGUGCAGCAGCAACCUAAUGGAGUAAUUCAGAGUGUCAUUCAGGAAGCCCCUUUGGCACUUACGACCAAAUCUAGAACCCAAGUUAAGAAUACGGAUAAAAUAAUUACAAACUCUGACAGCAGCGCACCCUUUUCACCAGUUCCACUAGGUACUAACUUAAAGAAUCAUUCGGGCAAUCAUGUGACACCGGUUCGACAUUCUACCUCUCCUGUGUUAUCCCAGAGUUCUGCCAAUGACAAAUCAGUGAGCAUCAAGGUCACUGCACCUCUUCAGCAGCAACAUCAGCAUCUUUCUGCCCAAUCUUUGGCUGAUCAGUUCAGAGGGAAUGAUUCCGAUGUUCCAAGUAGCAAGGACUCUGAUGAGUCAGAUGAAGAUGAUGAUGAAGAUGAUGAUGAAGAUGAUUCUAAUAACAGUCAAUCAGAGGCUGACAGUGACUCAGAGACAGAAACAGAUGGAUCUGACAAUGAUAUUAAGGAACAAGAUGAGCUUGAAACAGAAAAUGAAGGAGAUGAAUUUCCUCAUAAAUUCAAGAAAGCUACUUAUUCAAGUCGUGCUGCUUGUAGCCAAGCAUCCCAUUCUACACCAGUUGGACUCAGUGUAAUGAAGACUUCAAAGUCAUCAUCUAGUCCACUGCCAUCAGGAUCUACAACACAGACUUACAGAGGAACUCCAACGUCUUCAUAUGGUCCACCUACACCGUCUGGUUCUGGUAAACGGAGAAGAGUCACAGAUGAAAAAGAACUGCGUAUUCCUUUGGAAUAUGGGUGGCAAAGAGAAACACGAAUUAAGACUGUUGGUGGCCGUCUUCAGGGAGAGGUGAUUUAUUAUGCUCCUUGUGGGAAGAAACUUCGUCAGUAUCCUGAAGUGAUAAAGUAUCUUGCAAGGAAUGGAAUAACAGACAUUACAAGGGACAACUUCAGCUUCAGUUCAAAAAUGAAUAUUGGUGACUUCUAUGAAGCCAGAGAUGGGCCUCAGGGUAUGCAGUGGUGUCAUUUAAAAAAUGAGGAAAUAAUGCCUAAAAUAAAGGCUAUGGAAGGACGGAGAGGUCGCCCACCAAAUCCAGAAAAACGUGCUCGAGAUGAGUCAAAAAUGAAGCGUAGGAAAGGCAGGCCUCCAAAUAUCGCAAGGCCAGACUUACAAAAGAAUUGUGAUGCAAAAUUGUUGCGGAAACUGGAAGCCCAAGCCUAUGCCAGGAAAGCAGCAGAAUUAAAGAUGAUGCAGAAACUUGAAAAGCAGGCACUGGCACAAAGAGCUAAGGAAGCUAGAAAACAACAAGCAAUAAUGGCGGCAGAAGAAAAACGGAAACAAAAGGAGCAGCUAAAGAUGAUGAGACAGCAGGAAAAAAUCAGAAGAAUUCAGCAAAUUAGAAUGGAGAAGGAACUGAGAGCUCAACAAAUUCUAGAGGCUAAGAGGAAAAAGAAGGAAGAAGCAGCAAAUGCAAAAUUAUUGGAAGCCGAGAAACGGAUGAAGGAAAAGGAAUUAAGAAGGCAGCAAGCUGUCCUGCUUAAGCAUCAGGAGUUGGAGAGGCAUAGACUAGAUAUGGAAAAGGAAAGGAGAAGGCAACAUAUGAUGCUCAUGAAAGCAAUGGAAGCACGGAAAAAAGCUGAAGAAAGGGAACGGCUAAAGCAAGAGAAAAAGGUUGAGAAACGUUUAAAUAAAGAACGAAAAUUAGAACAGAAGAAAUUGGAGCUGCAAAUGGCAAAGGAGCUAAAGAAACCCAAUGAAGAUAUGUGUUUGUCAGACCACAAGCCUCUACCAGAGUUCCUCCCCAUUCCUGGUCUUGUACUGCCUGGAGGUGCCUUUGCUGAUUGCCUUAUGGUAGUACAGUUCCUUCACAACUUUGGUAAGGUUCUUGGCUUUGAUUUAAAUAUUGAUGUCCCAACUUUGAAUGUACUUCAAGAAGGACUGCUUAAUGUGGGUGAAAGCAUGGGAGAAAUCCAAGAGUUGUUGGUGAGACUUUUAAGUGCUGCUAUUCAUGACCCAGGACUACCGCCAGGAUACAAGGCACGGACUUUUCUUGGAGAUCACAUCACCAAUGUCAGGAUAAACAAGGACACUGUUUCAGAAAUAUUGCAGAUCUACAUGGAGGCCCAUAAUGGAAAAACUGAGCUUACAGAAAGUUUGAACACAAAGCCUUUCCAGGCACACGCUCCAGUUCAAAAGGCUUCUGUACUUGCAUUCUUAGUUAAUGAACUUGCAUGCAGCAAAGUUGUGGUCAAUGAAAUUGAUAAAAAUAUUGAUCAUAUGUCCAAUCUGAGAAGAGACAAAUGGAUUGUGGAAGGCAAACUUCGGAAGCUUAAAAUUAUUCAUGCUAAGCGAACUGGUAAGAAAGAAUCGAUUGGUGGUAUCGACAGUAAUGGAGAGCAGCGGUUAUUGGGCACUCCCACUCCUGGCCGAAAGAGAAAGCGAAAAUGUGACAGUGAUGAUGAUGAUGACGAUGAUGAUGACAGUGAUGAUCAGGGCGAAGAUGAUGAUGAGGAGGAGGAUAAAGAUGAAGAAAAGAAGGCAAAGAAGAUCGAAAUUGCUGAAGAUGAGGAUGAUGGGGAACAGUUGACUAGUGUGGAGGAACUGGAGAAACAAAUUGAAAAACUGAGCAAGCAACAAAGCCAGUACCGUAAGAAGCUGUUUGAGGCCUCUCAUUCAUUGCGUGCCAUGACAUUUGGACAGGAUCGCUACAAGCGACGCUACUGGGUACUUCCUCAGUGCGGUGGUGUAUAUGUUGAAGGCAUGGAAAGCGCAGAAGGUACUGAGGAGAUGAUGAAAGAGAGGGAAAAACUAAAAAAUGCCAACAACUUGCAGAUUAAGGAAGAGCCACCUGAGACACCUGAAGAGAAAUUAAACCAUUCUUGUACAGUGACUAACUGUGAUGAUUUAUGCAGAAAUGAUUCAAAAGAGAGAAAUAGCACUAACCUGUUCUUACAAAAGCCAGGUUCUUUUUCUAAACUGAGUAAGCUGUUAGAGGUAGCAAAAAUGCCUCCUGAAUCAGACUUCGUGACUCAGAAGCAAACAGUGAACCAAAUAAAUGCAACACCAACAUCAUCUCCUAGUCAUUGUAUCUCACAAAACUCCAUUUCAAAUUCGCAGCUUACUAUUCCAUCCAGCAACUCGGAAAAGAUAGACUCGUGUGCAAACUUAUUUAAUCCACUGAUAACUGGCACAGGGAAACUCUACAACUCUCCUUUACUCCAAAAUGACCAGUUGCUGAAAGUACUUACAGAGAAAGGUGGACAGUGGUUCAGUCUCUUACCAAGAAUGCCUUGUGAUGAUUCUUCCAUCACCUGUACAAAUGUGCCUCCAAUCUCCUCACAACAAAUGGCACAAUCUCAACUUAAUUCCCAGUCUUCGUCCUCACCGCUUAUGGGUUCAGGAUCGCUUCAGAAUCCAAUGGGACUCAAUCCAUUUGCAUUAUCAGCACUACAGAUGAAACCAGGGAUACCUCUCAUAGGACUUCCAUUCUGUGGAUGGCCACCUGGAGUACUCAAUCCAAGUAUUGCCUUUUCCUCACCUGGCCUGGGUGUAGGCUUUGGAUUAACAGAAGGAAAUGCAAAUCCUUUUCUGUUACCCAGCAUUUCUGCAGAUGAAUCACCAGCACCACAAAAUGAAAAACUGCAGAAUAGUGCACCUUGUAUAGUUGAAGCAACAAAAUCAGUGGAUUAUCCUAGUCCAAGGCCAAUUGCAGAAGAAAUGCAGCAAGGAUGGUGGCGAAUAAUCGAUCCUGAGGAGAUGAAGACUCUAUUCAAAGUACUUCAUCUCAGGGGAAUAAGAGAAAAGGCUAUGCAGAAACAGCUUCAAAAACACAUGGAUUACAUCAGUCAGGCCUGCACCAGAAGUAAAGAUGUUGCAAUAUUUGAAGUAAAUAAGGAUGAUGAAGAAAACCAAGUUACUGAUGCAGCUAUGCGUAACUGGUCAACAGAGGAUCAAGCAUUUGAAAUUGAUGUAGCCAUUCUUCAGCAAGUUGAAGAGCUGGAAAGGAAAGUGGCAUCAGCAAGUCUCCAAAUUAAGGGUUGGAUAUGUCCUGAGCCUGCUUCUGACAGAGAUGAUCUGGUCUACUAUGAACACAAACCUGUAAAUGCGGAACACGCUGUUGGCCAACACACUGGAGAAGAGGAAGAGGAAAGUGGCAGCAGUAUAGAACGGCGAGAUGGCAACCCUCUAGAUAUAGCUGUAACAAGACUGGCUGAUUUGGAGAAGAACAUAGAGAGAAGGUAUCUGAAGAGCCCCUUAAGUACCACCAUUCAGAUCAAACUGGAUAAUGUGGGCACAGUUACAGUUCCUGCUCCUGCACCAUCCAAUACAGGUGAUGGUGAUGGAAGUGAUGAAGAUAUUGCCCCUGGAUUAAAAAUGUGGAGGAAAGCCUUGUCUCAAGCUCACAAUGCUGCCCAGGUAGCAAUGUGCCUUCAACAAUUGGAGAAGACAAUAGCAUGGGAGAAAUCAAUCAUGAAAGUUUACUGCCAGAUAUGUCGAAAGGGAGAUAAUGAAGAAUUGCUUCUUCUUUGUGAUGGUUGUGACAAGGGAUGUCACACUUACUGUCACAGGCCCAAAAUCACUACUAUUCCAGAUGGUGACUGGUUUUGUCCUGCCUGCAUUGCUAAGGCAAGUGGCCAGUCUCCACGGAGUAAAAAAGUACUAAAUCGUCCAAAAAAGAAUUUUGAACAGAAGAAGACGAGGAGGUUAUCUGGAGCUGGUAUUAGUGAUGAAGAGGAGACAGCUAGUACAAGCAGUACCCCAAAGAAAGGAAGUAAAGAAUCCAAAAAACGAAAAGUGGAGGAUAGCCCAUCUAUGAACUCACCCAGGUUAGAGGGCCCGUCACCUAACAAGAAGUGGAAAAUCAUAAAAGAUAAUAACAAGGAUUUGUCCUUGUGCAGCAUAAUGUUAUCGGAAUUGGAAACACAUGAGGAUGCAUGGCCUUUCUUGCUACCUGUGAACUCCAAACUAGUACCUGGGUAUAGAAAGGUUAUUAAAAAACCAAUGGAUUUCUCCACUAUCCGAGAGAAACUCAGCAAUGGACUGUACCCGAAUACUGAAGUAUUUGCAGUAGAUGCCAGAUUAGUUUUUGACAACUGUGAAACAUUUAAUGAAGAUGAAUCGGACAUUGGCAGAGCUGGUCAUAAUAUGAGGAAAUUUUUCGAGAAGCGAUGGGCUGAGCUUUUUAAGGGAAGCUAAGGCAAUCAAUUUAUAAAUUAACGACUUUGAGCCGGCAGCCUGAAAUACUGGUGUCUUCAUAUAUACGGGGAGUGCAAGAUCGUUUGCACAAAUCAGCAGAUAUUUCACAUCACUUGUUAAAAUGUGGAAAUACCAGCCAAGGAUUACUCUAAAAGAGGUUCACUCCUUUGGAGACUGUAGCUCUUGAACUAUAGAAAUAUUUUAUGGACAGCUUCGGAAGAACAGGGAAGCACACCCAAAGAGUUCAGAGGCAUGGGGUGGUCCUAGUGCAAUAGCAACCAAUAUUUCAAACGCACUGAAUAAAUAUACAAUGACCAGAGCUGUAAUAGGGGACGGGAAAUCCUCUUCCCUCAUUUAAAAAAAACAAUAUACGUGGAAGUAAAUGGAAAAAAUCUUGAAUUUCUUUUGUAGCUUAUAUUUUAGUGAAUGUAUUUAAUUUUUUGUUAACUUAUGAAUAAAAUGUCAAGUCUUCAUUUUCUAUGAAAAGGAAGAGGCAGCAAAAUUGCUUUAAGUCUUCAAAGGAAAUAAAACAACGAAUGUUUUUGAAGAAUAAAACAAAGCCAAUUGAAAACUGUUUACACUGUUCUGUCCAGGAGGGCACUGGAGAACCUCUUGUUACUGUAGACAUAAAUUUACAGCUCUGUUUAUCAAUGCACCACCUACUUAGUCUCAAAGUAAAUUCAAAAACAGUGGAUCAACAAAGAAACAUCUGUAUAUAAUUGUUCAUUAAUGUUAAUAUUAAUUAAGUCUUGUUCAAAUAUGUAUGAUGUGUACAUAUUGUUUCCAGGCAUUUAAUAUUGUUAUGCCUUAGAAUAACUGUAGCAUUUUAUUUUAGUCUUAAAAUGAUUAUACAUAUAUGGCUUGUACAUAUCCUCUACAAACACUGUGGAGUCUCCUAAUGUUGGGUAGUGCCUGCCUUUAAAACAGGGUGUAGGGGAUAUUAGGUUUUCCAUUUUCUAUUUUUGUUAUAUAAUUUUUGAGCCACUGUGGUCUCAUUCCAAUAUAAUCAUUUAUAUCCACACAAUAAAUUACAAUUUCCUAUACACAGUAUUUUUCAUAAUGCAUUUCCCUCCAUCUGCCUUGCCAUAGAAUUUGGUACUCAGUGGCUCAUUGUAACCACUGUGUGUAACCACUGUUUAACUGCUGUAAGUUACAGUGGCCUAUUGGAGGCAGCUCAGCUCAGAUCAGAAACUUUUGUACCUGAGUCAAAGUACUUGAAGUUAUUUUAUUUAAAUAUGUUGUGAAAAAGGGUAGUUUUCUUUUUUAGGAGCAUUAUUUUUCACUAGUAUGUGUGGCACGGACAUAAUAAAAGGGUGUUUUUCAAUUCUGUUUGCUUGCUUGAUUUCUAAAACAUUUGUGCGGUUUUGUUCUGAUAGUUGUUUACUUCAGUAAACAAAAUGUUCCAUUCACA